GCUAAGAAAUAACCCUUUCUUUUUGCUCGUCUCUGCACACAUACCAAAACUUCAACACCCAAAUCGCCUAACACAGAGAGAGAGAGAGGAUGGGUUUGAGUGAGAAGACGAUGAUGAAGGCAGGUCUGGUUCUGUUCCUGAUUGCCUUCACUGCGACAGUGGAAGCUCGGUUCGAUCCAGACACCUUCCUGGCUCAGCUGAUGAAGGAAAAUGGGGAACCAAACUACAUGAUCAAGUCCACCACCACUGCCUGCUGCGACAACUGCGCCUGCACAAAGUCGAUCCCACCUCAAUGUCAGUGCUAUGAUUGGGGAGAAACUUGUCACUCUGCUUGUAAGUCUUGUAUCUGCCUUGCUAUCUAUCCUCCAAGGUGUCGUUGUUUUGACACUACCACCUUCUGCUAUGAUAAAUGCUCCUCUACUUCCGCUAAACCUCAGAUUGCAGCAAAAUGAAGAUGAUUCAAAUUAAUGGUGUCAUCAUGUCAUGUUUAUGUGAACAUCAGAGCCUGUUACUACUGUAGGCUUUGCUUCUAUAUGUAUGUGAACCUUCCCUCAUGAAAUAAACUAUCUUGUGCCUUGCAUGCUUCCCCGUUUGCUUCUUGCAAGCUGGUUACUUAUGCAAGGACUUGAUAUUACUCUAUCAUCUUUUGUUUUCAUUA